AGAGUUUUGUACUUAAAUUGAUAAAUAUCAAAAUUACCGGGGUGAUUCUGUAAAUAUAUGAAAAAACUUUAGAAACUCCAGCUUUCUCUCUCACAUUCACUGAGCAAAACGAUGUCCUCGGCGAUUGUUCCGUCGCUCAGGCUGAGUCCCAGUUUCUCCGACGCCACGUCACCAUCGUCUCCCUCUUCCUCCGGCGACGUCAAGCCCGGGGCAAUUCAGGAGACUACAGGAAGCUGGAGGUAACUUUGGAUGAGCACGAUGUUACUGCAGCUGUAUCACGGCUUGAUUGGUUUUGAAUUGCAGCCGGUUUGGUUGAUCCAGCCUACUGGCGUGCCACUCUACGCCCUCGUCUUGGAUUUGUAUACCGUGUAGACCACCACCGAGAGGGCUAUCAUGGGUUGAUCAAACAAGAGGUCUUCUCCACUACGUCGAAGAGCACUGUGCAAAAACUGUUUACACUCCUGAGCUGAGAUAUGCACGUAUCUCCGGGAGUAUAUAGGUUGAUACAUCCGUGGAGCUCCUUUAGUGGACAAGGCAGAUGCAAAUGUUGAUUCUCAUGUGACUGUUUAAUUCGAUAGUGGUGAAGCGAUCUCACUGCUUGCUAUAGCAGGCACAAGAAGGGCGAUUCACUGGUUUCUUCAGGGCCUAGUUUGCGUGCUCGUUUUGUAGGGCAAGGAUAUAAGCAUGUUUGUGGAAGAGCUGACAUGUGGGGUGAUGGAGUGGUACCCUGAGGUUUCAGCUCUUCUUGAAGGUGCACUAAAUAUUAUCUUCAACGGUUUUUACCACUCGCCUGUUGGUUCAGACUUCAGACGAAGAAACCAGACCUUGGUAUGGUUCACCGGUUAUUUUAAGAGACUGGAUUCACCACCUCCUUGAGUGACUGACUAUUAAAAGUAUUCAUCUGAACUUCCUCAAGAUUUUUGUUCUCCCGUUGUUUCUAUCUCUUCACUCUCAAUUCAAACUCUGUUUACAUUAGUAUCUAUAGUUUUCACUUUAAGAUCAAAUUCUAUCAGAUGCCAUUAAGUGUGUAAAUAUAUGAUUUUGAAGUUGGAAACCAUUUUCGUAAUAGUAUCUUUCAAGGUUCCAGAUUCGGAGAAUCACUGUAUGAUGAUAUUUUAUUGUUUAGGCCUUUACUUUGCCGUAGCAAUGAGGACCAAAAGCUUUGACUUUUGACUCUGACUCUACCACGUGUGGUUAUAAAGUUGGAACCUUUGACUUCUAAGGUCUGAGUAUCAUUUUCAUGGUGAUAAUAGAAACCUGUGCACUCUAUUAUAGCAAGGAGGAGAGAAACUUGACGACUUUCUGUGGUAGAAGCUUAGAAAGAGAAUCCAUGGCUUAUCUUCCUUGUCUUUCUUCAGCCGUCUGGAAAACGGACGUUUUCGUGAGUUUUAGAGGAGAAGAUGUGCGUAAAACAUUCGUGAGCCAUCUAUUCUGCGAGCUUGAUCGGAUGGGGAUCAAUGCGUUCAGAGACGAUUUGGAUCUUGAGAGAGGCAAGUCAAUCUCCCCAGAGCUUGUAGACGUGAUCAAAGGCUCCAGGUUCGCCAUUGUCGUGGUCUCUAGGAACUACGCCGCCUCAAGCUGGUGCUUGGACGAGCUCUUGAAGAUCAUGGAAUGUAAAGAUGCACUUGAACAGACUAUCAUACCCAUUUUCUACGAGGUUGAUCCUUCGGAUGUGAGGAGACAGCAUGGCAGCUUCGGUGAGGAUGUUGAGAGUCAUAGUGACAAGAAGAAGGUGAAGAAAUGGAAAGAAGCUUUGACGAUACUAGCUGCGAUUUGUGGUGAAGAUUCUCGGAAUUGGAGGGAUGAGUCAAAGCUGAUUAAGAAGAUCGUUAAAGACAUUUCUGAUAAACUGGUUUUCACUUCAUUGGAUGAUUCAAAAGGGUUGAUUGGAAUGAGUUCCCAUAUGGACGUUCUGCAGUCUAUGAUGUGUGUUGAGGACGAAGGUGUUCGAAUGGUAGGGAUUUGGGGAAUGGGUGGAGUUGGGAAAACUACGAUUGCUAAAUACUUAUACAAUGAACUCUCACGUCGAUUCCAAGCUCAUUGCUUCAUAGAGAAUGUGAAGGAAGUCUGUAACAGAUUUGGAGUUAGGCGUUUACAAGGAGAGUUUUUAUGCAGAAUGUUUGGAGAGAGAGAUAAAGAAGCGUGCAGCUCGGUUUCUUGUUCGACUAUAAUAAAGAAAAGGUUCAGGCAUAAAAGGGUUUUGAUUGUCCUCGAUGAUGUAGAUAUAUCUGAGCAGCUGAAUGAAUUGGUGAAUGAGACUGGUUGGUUUGGUCCGGGAAGCAGAAUCCUUGUGACAACGAGGGAUAGACAUUUGCUAGUUUCUCAUGGUAUAGAUAUAGAUCUGAUAUAUAAAGUUAAGUGUUUACCCAACCAAGAAGCUCUGCAUCUCUUUCGUAACUAUGCUUUCAGAAAUGAGAUUAUAAUACCACAUGAGUUUCAGGAGUUAUCGGAUCAAGCUAUAAACUAUGCUUCUGGUCUUCCACUGGCUUUAAGAGUUUUAGGUUCUUUCCUUUAUCGAAGAAGCCAAAGAGAAUGGGAAAGCACACUUGCUAGGCUUGAAACUUCUCCUCAAAGUGAUAUCAUGGAGGUUCUGAGAGUUAGCUACGAUGGAUUAGCUGAGCAAGAGAAGGCUAUUUUUCUCUACAUAUCAUGUUUCUAUAACAUGAAGCAUGUUGAUUAUGUCACAAGACUUCUUGACAUUUGUGGUUAUGCCGCUGAAAUUGGUAUCACGGUUCUCACUGAGAAGUCAUUGAUAGGCAUAUCAAAUGGAUGCAUAAAGAUGCAUGAUUUGCUUCAACAGAUGGGUAGAGAACUUGUUCGUCAACAAGCAGUCAAGAAUCCGGCAGAACGGUUUCUUCUAUGGGAUCCUGAAGACAUCUGUGAUUUGCUGUCAGAAAAUUCUGGAACAAAACUUGUUGAAGGAAUGUCUCUGAACCUCUCUGAAAUUUCUGAGGUAUUUGUUAGUGAUCGAGCUUUCGAGGGAUUGUCUAAUCUCAAGCUUCUCAACUUCUAUGACCUUGCAUAUAAUGGAGAGACCAGAAUGCAUCUACCUGAUGGACUCAGUUAUCUCCCACGCAAGCUUCGUUAUCUACGCUGGGAUGGAUACCCUUUAAAGUCUAUGCCUUCAAGAUUUCAUCCGGAGUUUCUUGUUGAAUUUUGUAUGAGUAAUAGCCAUCUCCAAAAACUUUGGAACGGAGUCCAGCCUCUUGGGAAAUUGAAGAAGAUGAAUCUUUCUCGUUGUAAAUACCUAAUCGAAAUUCCAGAUCUCUCAAAAGCCACAAAUCUGGAGGAACUAGACCUUUCCUAUUGCCAAAGCUUGGCUGAGGUUACUCCAUCUAUCAAAAAUCUUCAGAAACUUUAUUGUUUCUACUUGACUAGUUGCAUCCUACUCCAGAGAUAUAAGUGCAGUACAGAGACAGAGGAACUACCAUCAUCGAUCAACCGUCUCUCUUGUCUGGUUGAAUUGGAUUUGUCAAAUUGUAAGAGCAUUAGGACUCUUCCAAGUUCUGUAAGGAACAUGGUGUCACUUAAAUCCAUGAAUUUGGUCGGUUGCAAACAUCUUGAGAACCUCCCAGACUCGUUACAGAACCUCACAUCUCUUGAAAAUCUUGAAGUGUCUGGUUGCCUUAACAUCAACGAGUUCCCUCGUGUUUCCACGAAUAUAAAAGUUCUGCGUAUGUCUGAGACAUCAAUUGAAGAAAUUCCUGCAAGGAUCUGUAACCUCUCUCAGCUUAGGUCCUUGGAUAUUUCAGGAAAUGAAAGACUGAAGUCUCUUCCGGUAAGCAUUUCUGAGCUAAGAUCACUUGAAAGGCUCAACCUCUCUGGCUGUUCUGUACUUGAGAGCUUUCCACCAGAAAUAUGCCAGACAAUGAGAUGCUUGAGGUGGCUUGAUUUAGAAGGGACCAGUAUUAAAGAACUUCCUGAAAACAUUGGCAAUUUGAUAGCUCUCGAGGUGCUUCAAGCUAGAAGAACAGCUAUAAGACGAGCACCAUGGUCAAUUGCGCUACUUACCCGUCUUCAAGUUUUAGCAAUUGGGAAUAGCUUCUAUGCUUCAGAAGGUUUACAUUCUCUAUGUCCUCGCUUAUCAAAGUUUGAUGACUUGAGAGUUCUGUAUCUAAGCAACAUGAACAUGAUAGAGAUCCCUAACAGUAUUGGUAACUUAUGGAGUCUAUCAGAACUAGAUUUGAGUGGUAAUAAUUUUGAGUUCAUCCCCGCGAGCAUCAAAGGACUCACCAGUUUGAACAUACUGAAUUUAAACAAUUGCCAGAGACUUCAAGCACUGCCUGAUGAGCUUCCACGGGGUCUGCUCUACAUCUACGCACAUGGCUGCACAUCGCUAGAGAGUAUCUCAUGCUGCUUCAAGCAUCGUUGUUUGCGCAAGCUUGUAGCGAGCAACUGUUACAAACUGGAUCAAGAGGCACAGAGUCUCAUUCACCGUAACGUGCAGCUAGACUCAGCAAAACCAGAACACUUGUAUUUUCCUGGAAGAGAUGUGCCAUCUUGCUUCAGUCACCAAGCCAUGGGAUCUUCGCUAAGAAUACACUUGCCUCAGAGUCGAUCAUCAUCGAACAUUCUAGGAUUUUCCACCUGCAUCAUGUUUGGUGGCAAUGGACAGUGCUCUAUGAACGAUGUCAAGAUACGUUGUUCUUGCAUUCUAAAAGGAGUUGAUGGUAAAGAGCUGGUUGUUAUGGAUGAGCUAUGGUAUCCUGAUCCAAAAGCUUUCGCAAACAUGAGUUUUGGAUCAGAUCACCUUCUCUUGUUCAGCAGAACUUGCAUUUCCAUGGGAGCUUACAACGAAGUCUUCUUUGAGUUUUCAAUCGAAAACACGAAAAGAGAUUCUUCUAACCCCCUUGUAGAGGUUAAAAAAUGUGCGGUGCACCUCAUUACGUUUAAAGACAUGUUACAAGAGCAUGAUAGCUCAUCCUCACUACUGUUCUCUGCGAACAUUGACGGUCCUGAUUUGGAGUUUCCAGAAGCAUUCGAUGACGCAAGAGUUCCGAAAAGAAGACUACAUGAGGCACAUUACUUGCACAAGAAGCAACCAAAUCCCAAGAGGAUCAAGUUUCUUCCUGUUUCUUCAGCUCGAAAGCAAUAUUCCAAAUUACAUCAACCGAAGGUUACACCAGAGUGAAAGUCGUUUAUUUGUUAUAACUUUUUAUACACAAGUAUAUAUCGAUUUGAUCUUAUAUAUUUAUGAUAGCAUCAAAGCGUCAUGAAUUUUGAUCUUUGAACAAGCAAAGCUUUAACAUAAAAUCUCCACCAAAUUAAAAAGCAAAUACAAUAUGAAACCUCCCAGGGAAUACAACUUUGCCACUACAUCAACUCUACACUAGACAAAACUUAAAAUCUUUCUCUCUCUACCUACAAGUCCUGUAUACAAACAAAUUCUUAUCUUUCCGGAUUGUACUUGAGAUGCUGCUCGUAGAAUUCAAUCAGCUGUCGUCAA